UAUCGACAGAAGAAGAGGAACUCUUUUAGCAUAACAACAACAUUUUUAGCAGCAUUAGCUCGCAAAAAAGCGAGGAGACUUUUUUCUUCUUAUUUGGGUCCUAUUAACAGGUACGCUGGAAUUUUCCGACACCCACUCGAAUAUGUCCUAUGUCUUCAUCAACGACUCGUCGCAGACCAGCGUGCCUCUGCUGCAGUCGUGCAUCGAUGGAGACCUGCCCUUCGCCAAGAGGCUGCUAGAGACCGGAUGCGACCCCAACAUCCGCGACAACCGGGGCCGCACUGGCCUCCACCUAGCCGCCGCCAGAGGGAACGUGGAAAUAUGCCGCCUUUUGCACAAGUUCGGGGCUGAUCUGCUGGCGACGGAUUAUCAGGGAAAUACGGCGCUGCACCUGUGCGGCCACGUGGAUACGAUACAGUUCCUGGUGUCCAACGGGCUGAAGAUCGACAUCUGUAACCACAACGGAUCGACUCCUCUGGUGCUGGCGAAGAGGCGCGGAGUCAACAAGGAUGCUAUUCGUCUGCUGGAGGGGCUGGAGGAGCAGGAGGUGAAAGGCUUCAACAGAGGAGCCCACUCCAAACUGGAGACCAUGCAGAUGGCUGACAGUGAGAGUGCGAUGGAGAGCCACUCCUUACUGAACCCGAACCUGCAGAGCACCGAGGGCGUCCUGUCCAGCUUCAGGACCACCUGGCAGGAGUUUGUGGAGGACCUGGGCUUCUGGAGGGUCCUGCUGCUGCUGGUGGUCAUCGCCCUCCUCUCCCUGGGCAUCGCCUACUACGUCAGUGGGGUCCUGCCUUUCUCCACCAGCCAGCUGGAGUUGGUGCACUGAGUAAAGGCGGUGAAAAAGGGUGCGGAAGAGGCCGUAAAAUAAAUGAAUGAAGGUCUGCGUUCAGCUUUGUGUGUAUAGAACAAAAACCUAGUUUUGUUUCUUUGUUGCCCACAUUUGAUCCUUUUUAUUGUGGUCUUAACAACAUCAUAUGAUACUGUUAGUAAAGAGACGCAAUCUAAAAAAUACUUUAAAUAUUUUUAGGCGAUUAACGAGAGAGGAUGGUGACUCAGAGACUUCAUGUGUGGCCUAACACCUUGACUCAUUGAUAGACUCAUUUCCUCUUCCUCACACUUGUCAUAUCAUCCCUGUUUGCUCUGUUACAAGCUGUAUAUUGCUGAUGUUUUGUAUCUUUUCAUUGUUUUCUCUCACUUGUUAUUUAUUCAAAUAUCUUUGGUAUGAAUUUUUCCCUCUCUGUCUUUAUUUCACACAAAGACCUGCAGCCUUUCUGACUGGAAACAGUUUUGUCAGGAUAACAGAGCCGACUGCAGAGAAACACCUGGACUGAGUUUAGAUGAAGCUUCAGGUUUAACUGUGGGAUUAUGGCAGCAGAUUAAUGCUUCUUACUCUGUUGUAUAUUCAUUUUAUCUUCAUGUGCUUUUGUUAAAGGUUUUCAGUGUUUAUUCCAUCAAACAUUUGAAGUCAUUUAAUGUGCAAAAUGAAUAAAAUCAUGACUGUAAUCUGCAUCAGGUUAGAGCGUCACUUUGUUACCAACUCAAAACUUUAUGGGCACACAGCAGCUGACCUGAGCUUUUUACAAAGAGCAAAGAAACAGGAAAGACUGUAAAUCUGUACAAACGGGCAGGAUUAGUAAUCGCUGUAAAUGAGCGUACAUACAGAACAUGCUCUCACCAAUGGGGGAAAACCCUCAGGUGUUACUGAUCUUUGAUUAUUCAGAUCUUACAAAGAAAAACAAACACUUGACAGUCUAACUUGUACCGUAAGUUGUUGGAAGACCGCAAAUCAAGCCUUACUGGAAGCUUUUUCAGGUAUAAGCCGUAGUUUCAUUCAGUUGUCGUUGGUACAGUCACUUGUACUGACCUUUUGGUCACACUCAUCUCUUCAGUGUAAAAAAUAAAAUAAAAAAAUAAAUCAGAAUAUGUAACAAAAACCCCACAGAAAAUUACAUUUUCUAUGUUUUAAGUGUUACUGUUUAUCUAUUAUUUAUUUAGUGUAGUAUGAAUGGCAGUGGGGGAGUUUUUUUAUGCAAACUGUAAAAGAGAAAAUACCCUAUAAAUUUAGAAUCUCAUGUCCAACAUCACAAGGUUGUCCAGUGGGCCAGAUUAGAGUCUCUGCUGGGCUGAUUGUGGCCCUCCGGCCAUAGGUUUGACACUCCUGCCCUAGAACAUGCUGUCCAAACAUCUUUCUUUUUUCGCUGUCUUACAGCUGCUAACAUUUCAGCUUAGGUAAAAUUACAGUUGAUGACAUAAUAAUGUUGAACCGUCUUAGCAGUUCCUUCAGUGAAACUAUGAAAUCAGGUCUGGUGAGAGUCAGGCAUCAUCCAUGCAUACAUACACUACCAUUGUUACAGUAUCACGCUAUGAGAUACCGCGCUAUAUUGUGACAUACAUACAAUACUGAUGUUGUAUUCUCGUAUUCUACACUGUUCUAUGACAUUGUAUUCAUGAGACCCCUGGUGGGCUGCGAAGGAACUGCAGUGUCAAAUAAACUAUAUUCUAAGUACUUAAGGAAAAAAAGCUGCUGAUUGUUAUUUAACAGAAUUUGAACUUUGCGCGAUUUCUAAAUGUCUGAAUGAAUUUUAAAAAAUAAAAUUUUAAUUAAAAAGUCAAAAA